CUCACAAGUCAGUUGUUGUGUUGUCUCAUUCAGCCUCAAAAACAAUCACUGAUUGACUCAAUGAGUGAAUCAUUGAAUCCCUUCAUCACUGAAUCAGUGAACCGAUGAACGACUGGUGACUGAGUAUUGAGUGAAGUGUUGUCUGCUGUCCAUCACUGGUGUCCUCACGAUUGCACUCAUAUUAGCCAUCGAUUGUCACCAUCGCAUCCAUUGGUGUCUCUUUGGUCCACAUAUUGGCCGCCAUUUGUGUUGAUUUGGACAAAAAGACAAUAAUUAGUGAUAAUUGUUGCCAUUUCUCGGGCUAACUCGUGAACUGACAGUUAUUUUACUCAUAAAUGCAAUAAUAAGUGAUUUGUAAUGAAGGCAUGGAUUGAGUGAUCGCGCGAUCAGUCAAACAAAGGCUUCAUUUCAUACAUUGAAUACGCAUUUGAUUUGAAUUGCAUUUCAUUCACUCAUUGGUAGCCAAACACAACCGAAACGCGAAUCCAAUCGACACAAGUGUCCGCAACUGAUCACCAGUUGAUCGCCUGUCCUCUUGUCGAUGAUGUCUUCUCCCACUUCGACACCAAAUAACAUGAAUUCAUCGCGUCUUCAGAACAGUCAGGCGUCGAGUCUCCGCAACACAGACUUGGAUCACAUUUGGGGUGAUCUCAAGACUGGCAUCGAACAGGUCUACACCAAUAAGAGACAAAAUAUGCCUAAAAACCGUUAUAUGGAGUUAUAUACACAUGUUUACAAUUACUGCACUUCAGUACAUCAGACGAACUCGAGGUCGCCGACCAUUGGGGCCGCGAAUGUGCUCCAGAAUGUCAGCCCAAACCUCACGACCAAUGGGUCGCGAAACAAGAAGGGCAUCACUCAAGGCGGCGCCCAAUUCGUUGGCUUUGAACUCUACAAACGCCUCAAAGACUUCCUCGAGAACUACUUGAAGCACUUGUUGAAGGACGGAACGGAUCUUAUGGAUGAGGAAGUGCUGCGAUUCUACACAAAACAAUGGGAAGAAUACCAGUUCUCGAGUAAAGUGUUGAACGGAAUCUGUUCUUAUCUGAACCGCCAUUGGGUUAAGAGAGAGUGCGAUGAGGGGCGGAAAGGCAUCUAUGAGAUCUAUCAGUUGGCUUUGGUCUCAUGGCGUGACUGUCUGUUCCGAGAGCUCAACCAACCCGUCACUAACGCUGUCCUCAAGCUUAUAGAGAAGGAAAGGAGUGGCGAAACAAUAAACACGCGAUUAGUGAGCGGUGUUAUGAACUGUUAUGUUGAGUUGGGUUUGAAUGAAGAGGACCCGCAGGCCAGGGGUCCCAACCUUUGUGUAUAUCACGACGCUUUCGAAAUAAAGUUCUUCGAAGACACGGAACGCUACUAUAAGAUGGAGAGCCGUGUCUUUCUGGAUAAGAAUCCGGUGACCGAAUACAUGAAGAAAGCCGAACAGAGACUCUUCGAGGAGCAGAAGAGGGUUCAGCUAUAUCUCCACGAAAACACUUUAAGCCCUUUGGCUAAAGUUUGUGAGAAAGUGCUCAUUGAAAACCAUUUGGAGAUCUUUCACUCGGAGUUCCAGAACCUGUUGAAUGACGACAAAAAUGAUGAUUUGGGUCGAAUGUUUCAAUUGGUUCAGAGAAUACCCAACGGUUUGGGGGAACUCCGCAACCGAUUGGAAGCACAUAUUCAUAAUCAGGGACUAAAUGCAAUCGAAAGGUGCGGCGAGAGUGCCCUCAACGACCCCAAGAUAUAUGUGACCACAACUCUAGAGGUUCACAAGAAAUACAACGCAUUGGUUGUGGACGCCUUCAACAACGACGCCGGCUUUGUGGCCGCACUCGACAAAGCGUGCGGAAAAUUCAUAAACAAUAACUCAAUCACUCGUUUGGCCAACUCUUCGAGCAAAUCGCCUGAACUUCUCGCAAAAUACUGUGAUUUACUUCUGAAGAAGACUUCGAAAAUUCCAGAGGAAACCGAAUUGGAAGAGACUCUCAAUCAAGUGAUGAUUGCCUUCAAAUACAUUGAAGACAAGGAUGUCUUUCAGAAAUUUUAUAGUAAAAUGUUAGCCAAACGAUUAGUUCAACACAUGUCUGCCAGUGAUGAUGCCGAGGCCUCUAUGAUCUCAAAGCUUAAGCAAGCCUGUGGUUUCGAAUACACCUCUAAAUUGCAGCGAAUGUUUCAGGACAUCGGCGUCAGUAAAGAUCUCAACGAACAGUUUAAGACACAUCUCAUCAACUCUAAUGAACCCCUCGAUUUGGACUUUAGUAUACAAGUGUUGAGUUCUGGUUCGUGGCCUUUCCAGCAGUCCUUCACAUUCGCUUUGCCUCAAGAGCUGGAGCGAAGUGUGCAACGGUUCACAACGUUCUACAGCGGCCAACACAGUGGUCGCAAACUUCACUGGUUGUACUCCAUGUCCAAAGGCGAGAUCACCACCAAUUGCUUCAAAAACAAAUACACACUUCAGGCGUCCACAUUUCAAAUGGCAGUUCUGCUGCAAUACAACAAUUCGGAUCAGUUCACAGUCCAGCAGUUGUUCGAAAGCACGCAAAUCAAGAUGGAUAUGUUGGUUCAGGUCAUACACAUCCUCCUCAAAGUGAAACUUCUCGUCUGCGAGGACUCCGACAACGUCACUGACGACGAGGCCGACAAUCUGAGCCCACAGACUGUCUUAUCGCUGUUCGUCGGCUAUAAGAACAAGAAGUUGAGGGUUAAUAUCAACGUUCCCAUGAAGGCUGAGCUUAAGUUAGAACAGGAGAAGACCCACAAACACAUCGAAGAGGACAGAAAGCUUGUCAUUCAAGCAGCGAUCGUUCGGAUUAUGAAAAUGCGAAAGAAGUUAAAACAUCAGCAGUUGUUGGCAGAGGUCUUCAAUCAGCUCUCCUCCAGAUUUAAGCCCAGCGUUCCUGUCAUUAAGAAAUGCAUUGAUAUUCUGAUCGAAAAGGAGUACCUGGAGAGGGCUGAUGGCGCUAAAGACACGUAUAAUUAUUUGGCGUAAUAUUUAUUAAAUUUAGAGAAAUUGUCAUUUUUUAAAAUUCAACC